AUGGAUUCGUUAAGUAGACUCAAACAAGAUAAAAUGGCAUCAUUAAGCAGAUUGAAAAGAAGGGGUAUAGACAACAUUAAUAAGGUCACACGUACAGGAAAAGAGUUUGUUAAUAAAUAUAAUGCCUACAAAAUUGUCAGUAAUCCUUUUCUAGGAUCUGAUUUUGUAUCUGCACACAACAGGACUACCAAUAAUAAACAUAAUAGUUCUUUAGGUUAUGUAACUUCUUCGACUAUUCAAGAGGAUGAGGUUUUUAGGAGUAAUCGCGAUAUUUAUGGUGAAAGUAAAGGUCUAACAAGCGAUUCACAGAUUUCACUAAAUUCAGAUGCAACAACUCUGGUUAAUAACGAUGGUUACAUCGAUAAUAUAUAUUCUACGAAAAAUCACUUUGGAAGAAAACUUUCUUACAAUAGUUCUCUUUAUUCGUCUGCAACAUUAAGUGAACUUAAUACAGUAGUUACAACAUCAUUUGGUUCAUCAUCAAAAUCUUCUCCAAUAUUAUCUAAGCAAGGGUCUGUUGUAUCCUCAUCAUUAACCAUCCAAUUGGAUUCUCCAAAAGAGAAAGAUGUCAAUGAAAAAAUUAUGAAGUAUAUCCAGAAGAACAAGAAUAUUCCAAAACAUUUAUUGAAACCAGAUGAAGAAAUUAAACAGUUAAUUAUUAACCAUGGUCAUACAACAGCAUAUGAAGAAGGUAAAACUAAAUUAUUACAUUAUUAUCAAUUACCAUUUCCAUGGAGAGAAAACCGUUACAUUAUCAGAAAUUAUAGGUUUUAUAAUUCACAUAAAAAGUCAUUAUUAUCUGUAAUUAAUUGGUACGGUUGGCAUAAUGAAACAUCUAACAUAUGGUCACAUUUAAUUGGGGCUAUUUACAUGAUGUAUUUGGCAAUUUAUACAUUUCCAAAGUCUGAAGUUUUCCAAUCUGAUAGGGUACCUUUUAGUGCCAAAUGUGUUCUUUAUGUUUUCCUUGCUGCUUCAUUGAAAUGUUUGUUAGCUUCUGUAUUCUGGCAUACAUUUAAUGGAACAUGUGCUUUGAAAUUACGUAGAAAAUUUGCAUGUGUGGACUAUAGUGGAAUAUCGAUUUUAAUAACGGCUUCUAUUCUAACAGUAGAAUUUGUUAGUUUGUAUGAACAUCAAACACCUAUGUUUUUCUAUAUGUUUGUUUCAUUGUCACUUGGAACUUUAGGUGUAUUUUUAAAUUGUUCCCCUAAGUUCGACUCGCCAGAAUCCCGUCCCUUACGAAUUAGAUUUUUUAUUCUUUUAGCAUCUAUGGGCAUUCUCUCCUUUUUGCAUGCGACAUAUUUGGAAUCUUUUCACUUUUCCAAAUCUUUAUUGUCGAUGGUGUUUAAUAACUCUAUCAUUUGGUAUUUAAUCGGGGUUGUAUUUUAUGGUUCUUUUAUACCCGAGAGAUUCAGAACAGAUGUGGUUGUAGAUGCCUCUAUCCCAACAACAUUUCAAUUGUCUACAGAUGUUGAUAUAAUAACUAAAGAGGAACAUAUUCAUUUUAGAAGUGCUCCAGUAUAUCAUCACAAUCCAAGAAGGGGUCUUCUAUCCCUGUGGUGGGUAGAUUAUGUUGGUUGUUCACAUACUUUUUGGCAUUUCUUUGUUGUUUUAGGUGUUAUCGGUCAUUACAGAGCAAUAAACGAUAUGUUUUCCGCAAAGUGGUUGUAA